UUCUUCACUUUCACAUAGAAGUUGAGCAGUGCUUGUUGUUUCUAAUCUCAUAAUAGCACUGAAAUCAAUUUAAUUCCAAAGAAAGGAAGUGGAUUUUUAACAAAACUACAUGUUGUCGUGAGAACUACAUUUCCCAGGACGCGCCUGAAUUGACUCGAGGAACUACACUACCCGCGAUACUUGCGCAAGCGCAUUUCCCUUGAAGAGGAUCAAGGGAAGUGAACCGCAAAGGCAACGGUAAAACUUUAGACGGUGGCGAAAGGGAGAGGCGGCGCUGCUGCCUCGUCGGCUGCGGUUAUGGCAGAGCCAGCGCCUCAGGCCUCCGUUCCAUCCCGUCAUGCAACAACCCCGUCAUGCGGGACGGCGGGUUCUGGGUCCGGGAGCAGCGACCCUGCCAGGCCGGGCCUCAGCCAGCAGCAGCGCGCGAGCCAGAAGAAAGCCCAGGUGCGCGCCUUCCCACGCGCCAAGAAGCUGGAGAAGCUCGGCGUAUUCUCCGCAUGCAAGGCCGGCGACUCGUGCAAGUGCAACGGCUGGAAGAACCCGCACUCGCUGACGGGAACGCGCCUCGAGCUGCAGCAGCAGGCGGCCGACCUGAGCGAGCAAUGCCGGAGCUGCUGUCACCCCCUGGCGGACCACGUCUCCCACCUAGAGAAUGUGUCUGAGGAGGAGAUCAACCGACUGCUGGGCAUGGUGGUGGACGUGGAGAACCUUUUCAUGUCCGUCCACAAGGAGGAGGACACGGACACAAAGCAGGUCUACUUCUAUCUGUUCAAGCUGCUGAGGAAAUGCAUUUUACAAAUGACCCGGCCUGUUGUGGAAGGGUCUUUGGGCAGCCCUCCUUUUGAAAGACCCAAUAUUGAGCAGGGGGUGAUGAACUUCGUCCAGUACAAGUUCAGCCACCUGCCGCCCAAAGAACGGCAGACCAUGGUGGAGCUCUCCAAGAUGUUCCUUCUCUGCCUCAACUACUGGAAGCUGGAGACACCGUCGCAGUUCCGCCAGCGCUCCCAGAAGGACGACGGCACGACCUACAAAGUGGAUUACACCCGGUGGCUGUGCUACUGCCACGUACCGCAGUGCAACGACAGCCUGCCGCGCUACGAGACCACGCAGGUGUUUGGCCGCGGCUUCCUCAAGUCGAUCUUCACUGUGACGCGGCGGCAGCUGCUGGAAAAGUUCCGUGUGGAGAAGGACAAACUCCUGCCCGAAAAGCGAACCCUCAUCCUCACACAUUUUCCCAAGUUUUUGUCCAUGUUGGAAGAAGAGAUCUAUGGGGAGAACUCGCCCAUAUGGGAUGUGGAUUUCACCAUGCCUGCUUCCGAAGGGGGGCAAAUAGGGCACCAAACAGCAGUCAUUAGCCCAGCUGCUGGGUCCAACACUCCUUCAUUCCCCAAGAAUGUCGGUGGAGGGUCUUCCUUGGGUCCAUCAAGUAUGGACAGUGUAGUUCCAGAACCUAGUCCAGCCUGUCUAAGAGGAGACAAGAGGAAACUCCCUGAAAACCUGGAGGAUGCCAAGAGGAUCAGAGUGAUGGGGGACAUCCCCAUGGAGCUUGUGAAUGAGGUCAUGAUGACCAUCACUGACCCAGCUGCUAUGCUUGGGCCUGAGACGAGUUUGCUGUCAGCAAAUGCCGCGCGGGAUGAGACGGCCAGGCUUGAGGAGAGGCGAGGCAUCAUUGAGUUCCAUGUCAUCGGGAACUCCCUUUCACAGAAGUCCAACAAAAAGAUACUCAUGUGGUUAGUGGGUCUGCAGAAUGUCUUCUCUCACCAGCUGCCCCGGAUGCCCAAAGAAUACAUCACCAGGCUGGUUUUUGACCCCAAGCAUAAGACGCUGGCUCUGAUCAAAGACGGACGUGUCAUUGGUGGUAUCUGCUUCAGGAUGUUCCCCACCCAAGGAUUCACAGAGAUAGUCUUUUGCGCCGUCACAUCCAAUGAGCAAGUCAAGGGGUAUGGCACCCACUUGAUGAACCACUUGAAGGAGUAUCACAUCAAGCAUGGCAUUCUUUACUUUCUCACCUAUGCUGAUGAGUAUGCCAUCGGUUACUUCAAGAAGCAGGGCUUUUCCAAGGAUAUCAAGGUACCGAAGAGUCGCUAUGUAGGGUAUAUCAAGGACUAUGAAGGGGCGACGCUGAUGGAGUGUGAGCUUAACCCCAGAAUCCCCUACACAGAACUCUCGCACAUCAUCAAGAAGCAAAAGGAGAUCAUAAAGAAGCUGAUUGAGCGGAAGCAGAGCCAGAUCAGGAAGGUGUACCCGGGUUUAACGUGCUUCAAAGAGGGUGUGCGGCAGAUCCCUGUGGAGAGCAUACCGGGAAUCAAGGAAACUGGAUGGAAGCCCAGCGGAAAGGAGAAAGGCAAAGAGCUGAAAGACCCUGAGUUGUUGUACCACAUACUGAAGAACAUUCUGGCCCAAAUUAAGACGCACCCAGAUGCCUGGCCUUUCAUGGAGCCUGUGAAGAAAUCUGAAGCUCCAGACUAUUAUGAGAUCAUCCGCUUUCCUAUUGACCUGAAAACGAUGACGGAACGGUUGAAGAACCGUUACUAUGUCACCAAGAAGCUGUUCAUCGCCGACCUGCAACGCAUCAUCACCAACUGCCGAGAGUACAACCCUCCCGACAGCGAGUACUGCAAAUGUGCCAACACACUGGAGAAGUUCUUCUAUUUUAAGCUGAAGGAGAGUGGCUUGAUUGACAAGCAAAGUGUUGCUGAAAAUUGUGGGAUCGUUACAGAUCUGUCAAUUUGCGUUUGACGAUACGAAGGUUGCCUGGUUCUUGCCGUUCUGCCUCGGCUGUUGCGUCCAGUCCAUUUGCAGCAUCAGCCACAAACCCAUAUUGAUCGCAGAUGCUGUCGGACUUCAGGGGGAUGUCUGAAAACCAGAAACAUCGGCACUUAGAACGCAUUGAUGCAUUAAGUGUGUUAGUGCUGGAGAGCAGAGAUGUUUACACUACUCUGUUCAGCGGUGUUCAGACCAGCGGAGUAGCUCCGGUGACCUGUUGUGCUACUGCACCAGGAAGAAUCCCACCCUGUCUCAUCUGUGUUUCCAGAUGUUUCCUUUUUUUUUUUUUUUUAAAAACUCCUUGGCGUUCCGCAGUUGACUACAGGCUGAAAUGUCAAAGAUGCAGGGAAACGGAGCGAUUCUUCAACCUUGCAGUUUCUGAUGUAACGAUACCUUUAUUACUAAACAUGUUUACUGAAGAAAUUUUUUUCUAAGGCAGGGUGCAAGGCUUUAAAUUAUAAAUUAAAAAAUGCAAUGCACUUUGCACUCAAGCCGCAGCGUUCUGAGUUUUCAGUUUGUCUGCUGUUGCUCACGGUUGUAUUGCUGCGUGCCACAUGGUUUUUAAGGAACGUGCCGCAGAAUUGCUGCGUUCCAUUUUUAUAUUUAUUGAUUUUUAGUUUUUGUAUCUUUUAGAUAUAGCUGAAUGUGGUGUGAGAACAGCUGGUCUGACAGGGUUUCUUCUCCCCCCCUUUUUAAAGUGCAGUCACACUUGGAUUAACAGCAGACCCUCCAUGUAACCCACAUGCAGAUACCACAAUUUACAGGGCGAUUUCAGUUUACUGAGGCCUGUUCUAAGUGAAUGCACAUGUCCUUUGGUCUGCGUGAAUAAUAUACUUUUCUGAAGGAGUCCCUUCUCUAACUGCAGUUGUCAGGGUAUUAGAUGGCAAGUGUCAAAUUAGGGAAUAUACUCUGAUUAAAGUGGCGUUAUUGUGGUUCUGUUGUCUCAAUGACUUCCCAGGGCCGUGUUACUUUUUAAUAAAAAGGCCUAUAAGCAGCUCCAGCUGAAUAGUUCCAGUUAGCUGUAUGUCUGUGCUGAGUAUCUUUGCACAUGCUGUGCAUAAAUAUACUUUACUGAAUUUCUCGCAACUUAAUUUCUACUUCCCCGGGCCUGUCUGUGAGGCAUUUGGAGACCAUUGAAGGUCCUGCUGGCGGCGUAGAGCAACAGGUGUCCGUGCAAAUAGCCGUUUUGGACCCCCCCCCUUCUGUACUGUAAAUAUGAGGUGAGCGCCAGUGCAUGCUCUUCUUUACAGGUUGUCAAUGCGUACAGCUGUACGCAAUCCACCGAUGUGUUACUACGGUUACAACUAGUCAGUUUCAGCAGUUACGUGAAUGUUUCAAUAUCUAAUUGUGGAGGUUUAUCAACCACUUUUUUUUUAAAAAAAAA